AUGAAGAAGAUCUUUUGGAAAAUUGCAAAGGCAUACACGGUUGCUGAGUAUGAUGAAGGAAUUGAAGAAAUGAGGCAGUAUGACCUUGGUGUUUAUGAAACAUUAAUGGAAAAAAAUCCUCAGGCUUGCAGCCGUGCUUACUUCACGGGUACAGCAUGUUGUGAAGAUGUUCACAACAAUUUCUCGGAGAUAUAUAACAACACAAUCAACACAGCAAGAGAGAUGCCUUUAGUGGAGAUGCUUGAGACAAUAAGGCGUCUAGCUAUGAAUUGUCGAGCAGUUGCUGGAGCUAAUGGGCAGUUUGAUGUGCGUGAGAAUAAUGUUGGCCAUAGUGUUCAUAUGACAAGAAGGACAUGUACAUGUCGGAAGUGGGAUAUGACCGGCAUUCCAUGUCGCCAUGCUCUACGAGUGAUCAUGCAUAUGAAGUGGAAAUCUGAUGAUUAUGUUUCAGAUUGGUACCUGACCUCUAAAUGGCGUGCCACAUAUGAGAACUCUAUCUCUCCUGUUACUGGCAUGCGAUUUUGGAGAAAAACUGAUGAAACUCGGAUACAACCACCAACGAGGCCAGAAUCUAAAGGUCGUAAGAAGAAGCAAAAGAGGAUUAAAGGAAAAAAUGAGUCUCCAAAAAAGAAACGAAAGGUUCAAUGCGGUGAAGAAUCUCCCAAGAAACUUAAAGCUAGCAGGGAAAGAAGGACAAUGACGUGUGGACAUUGUGGGAUAACAGGUCAUAAUGCUUUUAAAUGUCCAAAUAGUGGUGCCUCAGUUUAUAGAAAGCCAAAAAAAAACACGUUGUCACAAGGAGAAGGGCCAAACCAAGAAUCACAGGUAUAAGCUUUGAUGGAGUUAAGCUUUGAUGGAGUUAAAAGCUUUGGUGGUGGAUCUGUUUUUUUUUUUUUUUGCUUUAAGUUUUUAGGAUCUGUUGGUGCAGAUUUUGUUGGUUCGGUUCUUAGGAUGUGCUGUGAUACUUUUGUUGUUUCUUUUGGAUUCGUACUUGAUGAUGGUUAAAAUAUUUUUUUUCUAAACUAUGUUUCAUCUUGUUAAGACAUGAUCAAUUUACUCCCAAUUGAUCUCUGUUUAGCGAAGUGUAAAAGAAAGAAGCAGAGUAAAUAAAAUUUCACCGCAAGCUACGUCGUAUUGAGAAACGUCAACACUUAACAGUUGACUCACAGAAUUAGGGUCAAAGUUGAUUUUU